AUGAAUUGUUCCUGUAUCACGAUUCCGGUGUGCCCUUUGAUAUUUUAUCAACUCUACACCUUCCACGUUAAGUUGCCGGAUGGUAAGACGGUACCCGUUGUUUACGCCUUCUUGCCGGCGAAAAGUUCUGAAACUUAUCGGAGACUGCUCCGAAUCAUCCUCGAAGCCGUCGACGGCUUCCACCCUCAAGGCAUUCACAUCGAUUUCGAAGUAGCGAUGAUCCGAGAACUCGAAAUUGCUUUUCCAGCCGCCGGUGUCCUUGGCUGUUCAUUCCAUUUCAAUCAAAGCGUGUGGCGACACGUUCAAGGCGAUCCUAAUCUAAGAGAAGCCUACACGCAGAAUCACGAUUUCGCCUUGAAGUUGCGCAUGUUUCCAGCGCUAUCUUACGCUCCGAUCGAUGAAGUAGUCACCUUGUUCAACAUGUUAGUCGAUUCGGAGUUCGUGAGAGGAAACGAAAGACUGCUGACGGGGUUCGUCAAUUACUUUGAGGCUACCUGGGUGGGUCGUGAACGGAAUCCGCCGCUAAUGAAACUUGAAUGGUGGAACGUCCACUCGUUGGUGUUAGACGGAAUGGGAUGCACAAAUAACGAAGUUGAAGGUUGGCAUUCCGCUUUCGCCGGCAGGAUCGGAUCCUCACAUCCGACUGUCUUCAAAUUGUUAGAGCAGAUUAAAGUAGAGCAGGGAAAAACCGAAUUUGUGGUCGAAAACUCUCUCUCCCAAGGUAUCGGUAAUCGAUCGAAGAAGAAAUACCGAGAUCGUCAACAACGCUUGUACAAACUGGUUUCCACGUAUGCCACACGCAAUAGCCUCCUGUUCCUGCGCGGUAUAGCCCAUAACAUUUCCUUCUAA